AUGGCCACUGCUCGUCCCAGUAAGUUUGCAUCGCUGGACGAGCCCAGCACAAUGGCGGCGCAACGGGGCUAAUUUCGUCCUGAUCCUUGUCGCAGCUGUGUCCGUUCGCGGCCUUGAUGGCGCAGCUUCGGGCUCUCUGACCUUGCCCGAGGUCUUCACCGCCCCCAUCCGCACGGAUGUCAUUGCCGCCAUCCACAAGAACAUGGCCAAGAACAAGCGUCAACCCUACGCUGUAGCGACUAACGCUGGUCACCAAACCAGCGCUGAGUCUUGGGGUACUGGUCGUGCUGUUGCUCGUAUUCCUCGUGUUGGUGGCGGGGGAACUCACCGUUCCGGUCAGGUGAGUGGCAGGGCGCGCAUUGGAAAAGCAUAGGGAGGAUGUUUGAACUCAACAAACUGCCCGCUGAUCGGAGCGCACACUUACGCGCGCUGGAUUGUGUUUCCUGACAGGCUGCCUUUGGUAACAUGACUCGUGGAGGUCACAUGUUCGCACCCACCAAGCUCUGGCGCCGCUGGUUUGUCAAGAGCAACCAAAAGCAAAAGCGUUACGCCACUGCAUCUGCACUUGCUGCCACUGCUUUGCCCUCCUUGCUGCUCGCCCGUGGACACAAGGUCGAGGAGCUUGACGAAGUCCCUCUCGUCAUUCCCACCUCUGUCGAGUCUUUCACCAAGACCAAGGAGGCUGUCGCCGCUCUCAAGGCUGUCAAGGCCUACGCUGAUGUCGAAAAGGUUGAGCGCAAGAUCAGGGCUGGUCAAGGAAAGCUGCGCGGCAGACGCUACAAGUCUCGUCGUGGUCCCCUCGUCGUUUACGACAACGACAACGGCAUUGUCAAGGCUUUCCGCAACCUUCCAGGUGUUGAGCUCGUCUCAGUUCAUCGUCUCAACCUGCUUCAGUUGGCGCCCGGUGGCUCCAUUGGCCGAUUCACUAUCUUCACCGAGGCUGCCUUCAAGCAGCUGGACAACAUCUUCGGCCCCAACGCCAAGCCCAUCCCCACUGCCAAGAUCACUAACACUGAUGUUACCCGAAUCAUCAACUCGGAUGAGAUUCAGUCCAUCGUCAGGCCCAAGCAGGCUGCCCGCACUCAGCGCACUUCUACCCAGAAGAAGAACCCUCUCCGCAACCGCACCGUCAUGCUCCGCCUCAACCCUUACAAGGCUGCUGUGGUGCGCGCUGAGAACCGCAGAGCUCUGUUCGUCAAGAACCACAAGGCGAACACCAAGGUUGAGCACAGAGAGAAGAAGACUCCUGCUUCUGCCGAGUUCUUGCAGCUCCUCAAGGCCUAA